AAACAAAAAAAAUCAAACAACCGGUGACAUUUUCGAAUUUCCCGCCUUGUUUUGAAACGGUUAUGGAAGCGGUUAAUUGCCGAGUUUAGCUAACUUUAACACUGGAGGGCGCCAGGCGUGAUACGGUAGUACCAUUCUUAUUAGUAUUUCGGUAUUACUAUGCAGUAAACGCACGGGCACACUUUUGACCGGCACUGUACAACACUGCAAAUAGUGCAAAAAUUUUUUACAACGUGAUUAAAUAUAGAUUAUUUUCGAGACAUAAACGGACCGCAAGAAUCCGUUAACGUAGCAAAAGUAACAGCUCGAUAUACAAACACAUAGGAUACACAGGAGGAGAGACCUGCGAAUACCCAGGAAACCGAAGGGAUCAGUCCAUAAAUCAUCAUGCCACGAGGAAAGUUCGUCAACCACAAGGGUCGCAGUCGCCAUUUCACAUCUCCCGAAGAACUGCAACAGGAAUCGGAGGAGGACAGCGACCAGACCAGCGGCUCGGGAUCAGAAAGCGACGAUAAAGCCGCAGCCGGCGGCGGAGCCAGUUCCUCCACCGCCAAAGCAAAGGCUCCCGCCCCACGAAAAGCGCCCGUGAAUCGCAAUCAAAAGUCGCGAUCAGCGGCGGGCGCCGCUGCGGUCAGUUCCUCGGAAUCGGAGUCUGGCGAGGAUUCCGACGAGGACUCCGAAGCGGAAGCCCGCGAUGCCAAGAAGGGCGUGGCCUCACUCAUCGAAAUCGAGAACCCCAACCGGGUGACCAAGAAGGCCACACAAAAGCUGUCGGCCAUCAAGCUGGAGGACGGGCCACCCGGUUCCGGCGGUCCACCCAAGCCGGAGCUUUCCCGCCGCGAGCGAGAACAGAUCGAGAAGCAGAAAGCGCGCCAGCGUUACGAGAAACUCCAUGCUGCUGGUAAAACCACCGAGGCUAAGGCCGAUCUGGCCCGAUUGGCUCUCAUCCGGCAGCAGCGCGAGGAGGCGGCCGCCAAGCGGGAGGCGGAAAAGAAGGCAGCCGAUGUGGCCACCAAAAAGCCGGGUGCCAAGUAGAGAAUCCAUCCUUUAAACCUUCCCUUUCCCACACGGGGAAAAUAAAUAGAGCUCUCAAUUGUGCAACGUAUACAAGAAACGCAAUAAUCCCUUCGAAGAACAGGGCUAAAUGGCAAUUAGUUAAGCAUAAAUUAACGUAAACACACAUUCAAAAUUAUUAAAGUUUUCUAAGCCUGUCUUUUGUAACUGCAAAAUAUACAAAAAUAAACCAACUAAUUGUAAAAACGGAAA